AUGUCGGUGCCGCUGCUCAAGAUCGGGGCGGUGCUGAGCACCAUGGCCAUGGUCACUAACUGGAUGUCGCAGACACUGCCCUCACUCGUGGGACUCAACAACACAGUGUCCCGCGCGGGCUCCUCGGAGAAAAUCACUCUCUUCCAGAGUCCAGAAGAGGGCUGGCAGCUCUACACCUCCGCCCAGGCACCUGACGGCAAAUGCAUCUGCACGGCUGUGAUCCCUGCACAGAGCACCUGUGCCCGAGACGGUCGGAGCAGAGAGCUUCGGCAGCUCAUGGAGAAGGUCCAGAAUGUGUCCCAGUCCAUGGAGGUCCUUGAGUUAAGGACUUAUCGGGAUCUCCAGUAUGUUCGCAGCAUGGAGACGCUCAUGCGGAGCCUGGAUGCAAGGCUCAGAGCAGCUGAUGGGUCAGUGUCGGCCAAAAGCUUCCAGGAACUGAAGGACAGGAUGACGGAGCUGCUGCCCCUGAGCUCGGUGCUGGAGCAGUACAAGGCAGACACACGGACCAUUGUGCGCCUGCGGGAGGAAGUGAGGAACCUUUCUGGCAACCUGGCUGCCAUCCAGGAGGAAAUGGGAGCCUAUGGGUACGAGGACCUGCAGCAGCGCGUCAUGGCCCUGGAGGCACGACUCCACGCUUGCGCGCAGAAGCUGGGCUGUGGGAAGCUGACAGGGGUCAGUAACCCCAUUACCAUUCGGGCCAUGGGGUCCCGAUUCGGCUCCUGGAUGACUGACACGAUGGCCCCCAGUGCAGACAGCCGGGUCUGGUACAUGGAUGGCUAUUACAAAGGCCGCCGGGUGCUGGAGUUCCGUACUCUGGGAGACUUCAUCAAAGGCCAGAACUUCAUCCAGCACCUGCUGCCGCAGCCGUGGGCAGGUACAGGCCAUGUGGUGUACAACGGCUCUCUGUUCUACAACAAGUACCAGAGCAAUGUGGUGGUCAAGUACCACUUCCGGUCGCGCUCCGUGUUGGUGCAGAGGAGUCUCCCUGGGGCUGGCUACAACAACACCUUCCCCUAUUCCUGGGGUGGCUUCUCGGACAUGGACUUCAUGGUAGACGAGAGCGGGCUGUGGGCUGUGUACACUACCAACCAGAAUGCGGGCAACAUCGUUGUCAGUCGGCUGGACCCUCACACCCUGGAGGUCGUGAGGUCCUGGGACACCGGGUACCCCAAGCGCAGUGCCGGGGAGGCCUUCAUGAUCUGCGGCGUCCUCUAUGUGACCAACUCUCACCUGGCCGGAGCCAAGGUCUACUUUGCCUACUUCACCAACACGUCCAGCUACGAGUACACGGAUGUGCCCUUCCACAACCAGUACUCGCACAUCUCCAUGCUGGAUUACAACCCCAGGGAGCGGGCCCUAUAUACCUGGAACAACGGGCACCAGGUGCUGUACAAUGUCACCCUCUUCCACGUCAUCAGCACUGCCGGGGACCCCUAGGUGCCCCUGCAAAGGCUGUGGGGAUCCUUCCCACAUUGCCUGUGACCCCCUCAACCUUCUCUUGGCCAUGCCCUUCCCUUCCUAGAUUCCUUCUUUCUCUACCUUCCCAGCCCAGCUUUCUGUUCUCUGUAUCUCUGUCUGUGCUUUUUCUCCAUUUUAUUGAUCUUUUGAUACUUCACUUCUGGGUCUUUCUGCCUUUUUAUGGAUGCUUCUCUUCCUUAUGACCAAACCCCUCUCGGUCCACUAUCCCUCCUCCCCUCCCCUCCCUGUU